AUGCCAUUGACUAGCGGAAGAGGGGGCUUCGCUCUCCGCAGCACGGAUGAGCUGGUCAAGAUGGUAGUAGCGUCAGGCUUGACUUUGCUAGACAUGAUAGAUCAUUUGAAAGUGGGUGACAACACAAUUGAAGAGGGCCCCGUUGGUCUAAAUUCAGACUUCGACCUCGGUGCAUUAAUUGAUGAAGUUGCGACGGUUCUUUUCGCUGGUCGAAGCUCUGGAUCUUUCACCUCCUUUGCUGAUACGUCUAUCAUCCCUGCCGUCCCUAAAACAGGCCAUGGGCGCCCUAGCAGUUCUGAUGGACUUUCAAUGGUCAUCCAAAUUGAGCAAUGCCUUUCCUGGAAGGUCCGAUCUAUGGCUGGUGCUUGGAAGACAAUCCUGAUCAAUCUUCUUGGCAACGCAAUCAAAUGGACCAAGGCUGGCCUUAUUGAAGUGACAUUAUCAAAAGCGAGACCCGAAGCUCAGUCCAGCUCUUCAUUUGCCCACUUAUGUGUCAGGGACACUGGCAGAGGAAUCUCGACGGACUAUCUUAAGAACAUGCCCUUUUCUCCAUUCGCCAAGGAAGAUUCAUCAUCGGAAGGUGUUGGUCUUGGUCUUUGCAUUGUCCGGAAUCUGGUGAAAUCCCUUGACGGGUCUACCAACAGAGCACCAAUACCGAUCCGAGCACAUCUGGUUGGCUUCAACGCCUCUCCAAAUUUGAAGGAAACCCCGACCGGCAUCUUGAGCGUUGACGCAAAGCGGAAACUCCCGAUUCAGAGCGCUCUUCAUGAAGUGUUUCAAAACCAAUUAGGAUGGCGGAUUUGUUUAGGCAAACACCCUGAAGAAGGCUAUGGCGAAGUCGCCAUCGUUGAGGAGGCCAAUCUCAACUCCCUGUUGAAAGAUGGACAACUGCCUACAACAGAUUACAAACACAGGUUCAAAUUCUUCACUGUCCUCAGCGGAAAGACAUCGUCUCUUUCCGACUGCCUCCCUGCAAAUAUCAUUCGCGUUUUACAUCCAUUUGGACCGAAGACUCUCCAUGACGCCGCUCAAAGGCUCACGAAUAUCUACGAGCCGCCGCCUCAGCCUGAUGCCAUAGACUCAGCACAAAUAUCUUCCUUUUCAACAAGUCAUCCACAAACGUUACUCCUAUCGGCACAGCAAGGCCCUACGAGCAAUUCGGAAACCUCUCCCUACGGAUCCCCGCUUACCGCUGCCAAUUCUUCCGGACGAUCUGAGUCCACCGUCCACCAAACCGAGUCCCAACAAAAAUCUGUGCGUGUCCUCAUUGUGGAUGAUAAUGAUAUCAAGCUCAAGGUGAGUUCAAGUCCCAAAUAUCUACUGAAAUCGUUGCGCAAGCCGAAUCCUGUGUCACCUUUAUUGUCUAGCUCACUGCUGCGCAACUAG